AUGUGGAGACAUAUUACCACUUUCAUGAAUAGGUAUGAGGCAAGUGUGUGGACUGAACUAUAUAGUUGGGUCAUUAAAGCAUGGGAAAUCUUCAGUUCUUUUCGAAAUAUUCGUAACUCCUUGGAAGAGAUGCCGAUACCUCCACCACCCCCAUUACCACCUUCAGUAUUACCUGCAUUAAGUAUUAGGUCAAGCACCACUGCGUUGCAGUCAAAAGCUGAUGAUCGAUCCAAACUACUCAGUGAAAUUCAAACAGGUAUGAAGUUGCGGAAAACUGUGACCAAUGACAGAUCAGCACCAGCUGUCGGAGGAAGGGUUUCAGAUUUAUCGGAGACCAAUGGCAGGGCUACCACUACUAGCGGAUCAAAAGUUUCUGCUAUUGGGGGAGUUAAUAGUCUUUUUGUGAAUGGUAUCCCGAAGAAGCCCUCUGAUAACAAAAGAAAUCAAACAAAUGUCUUAAGAGGUCCGAUAACUAGUCCACCGCUUUUACCAAAACCAUCUGAAAUGCAUCCAGCAAAGCCAAUAACUCAUUCAGAGUCUCAAGAACAGCAACUUUUGGCACCAUUGACGGAAUGUUCUGAAGCUUCUAGUAUAUGUCGUCAAACUUCUGUCGGAAUAGCAAGUCGUCUAAAACAGUUUAAUCAGAUCAGUCGACCGGGAUUGGCACCACCAACACCACCAUCACUCAAAACCAAACCAAUUGUUAAAGAUAUUAAGUCUCCACCGGUGAAGAAAAUUUCCGUUCCAGAGCAAUUCAAAACUUUGAGACCGAACAGGCCUGCUAACGAUGUAUCUUCUUUGCGUCGUUCUGGCAGUUCUGAUAAUAUAAGGAAUUCUCAAUCAUCACUAUCGGAUAACCGUAGCACACCUCCAUCAAGUACUCCUUUACCCUCGAAUCUAUCUAGUUCGACCAAAAUUUCGAAACCAGCAUGUCCUCCCCCUCCACCACCUAUCCAGGCAUCUCGGGUCGGACGUCCAAUGACUAAUCCAUUCAACCAUUUCACAUCAGUUUCAUCCUCCGGAAUGCCCUCUAAUGUAUCAAUCGACGAAGACUCACCUCCUCCACCACCACCUCCCCGAUUAGCUUCCUGUACUGAUCAAAUGGAUCGUUUCAUCUUCAUUCCGAUCAAUUUCUUAAUCAGAUGUGCUUGCAUUUCAUUGAUAAAACCGCAUGAAUUUGCAAUCCAAACAACUGACAUGAAGAUUGACGUUGACGGCUUGGAAGUUUACUUCCCUUAUGACUACAUCUAUCCAGAACAAAUUCUCUACAUGAGUGAAUUAAAAAAAACCUUGGAUGCUAAGGGACACUGUUUACUGGAAAUGCCGUCAGGUACAGGUAAGACUGUCUCAUUGCUGUCACUUGUAAUAGCUUACAUGCUGCGAUUUCCGGACCAUCUGGACAAACUGGUCUAUUGUUCCCGAACAAUUCCAGAAAUUGAAAAAUGUGUUGAGGAACUUCGCAAUCUUUUCAAAUAUUACGAGCAGUGUGAUGGUAAACCACCAUCUUUAUUUGCGGUAGCUCUUUCUGCUCGAAAAAAUUUAUGCAUUAACGAAUCGGUAUCUUCGCUGCGGCAAGGUUCUCUAGUUGAUGGAGCUUGUCAGAAGCUGACAGCAAGUUUUAUGCGCGCUAAACGUAGGCUUCGUCCGGACUUACCGUGUUGCGCAUUCUUCGAGAAGUUAGAUGAACAAAAAGAUUCCAAUUAUCCUGAUGGUGUAUACAAUUUGCAAAAUUUGAGAAAAUUGGGCCAGCAGAAAGGAAUCUGUCCGUAUUUUUUGUCACGCAAUGUUGUCGAUCGUGCACAUAUUGUUGUCUAUUCUUACCAUUACAUCUUGGAUCCAAAGAUUGCAGAAUUGGUUUCAAAAAAUUUUAGCCGUCACUCAUGUGUUGUUUUCGAUGAAGCUCACAACAUCGAUAAUGUUUGCAUAGAGUCAAUGAGUGUGUCCUUAACAAAAACAACAGUUGAAAAAGCUACGCAGAAGCUAGGUCUACUUGAGGAGCAUGUGCAAAGGUUGAGGGAGGAAAACAGUGAGCAAUUACGAGUAGAGUAUGAUCGUUUAGUUGAAGGACUGAGGCGUAUCGAAGAGGAACGUACGAACGAUCAAAUUUUAGCAAAUCCUGUUUUGCCUGAUAUGAUUUUGAAAGAAGCAGUGCCCGGAACAAUACGAAAUGCGUUACAUUUUAUUUCUUUUUUGCGUCGUUUCAAUGAAUAUCUGAAACAUCGGAUGCGAACGAAGACGGUUCUGAUUGAAAGUCCUGCUGCAUUUCUUCGCGAUAUUAAUGAUUUAAUGCAUAUUGAUCGAAGGCCACUCAGAUUCUGUGCAGAACGGUUUGCAUCGUUAACACGAACUUUGGAGCUGGCUGAUAUAUCAGACUUCAGCUCAUUAGUGCUAAUUACAAAUUUUGCAACUCUCGUCAGUACAUAUGCACGAGGUUUUACAAUUGUAAUUGAACCACUGGAUGAGAAGAGUGGUACUAGCCAUAGCUGUACGCUACAUUUAAGUUGUAUGGAUGCCUCAGUUGCUAUUCGUCCUAUUUUUCAACGGUAUCAUACAGUUGUCAUCACUUCAGGGACUUUGUCGCCACUGGAUAUGUACCCGAAAAUUCUGGACUUUGAUCCAGCGAUUAUGGCAAGCUUAUCAAUGACACUAGCGAGACCAUGUAUUGCUCCACUAAUUGUUUCAAAAGGCAAUGAUCAAGUUGCAAUGACAUCCCGUUUUGAGUCUCGGGAAGAUGCUGCUGUAAUCCGGAAUUACGGGAGUCUUGUUUUGGAACUUGCUUCUCUGGUACCAGAUGGUGUUGUUGUUUUUUUUACCAGUUAUCUUUAUAUGGAAAAUGUUAUUUCAACGUGGUAUGAUCAGGGCAUUAUUGAUGAUUUAUUGAAAUACAAACUUUUGUUUAUUGAAACAACCGAUGCGCUCGAAACAAGUAUUGCUUUAGAGAAAUAUGUGGAGGCAUGUGACUGUGGUAGGGGAGCUAUAUUCUUUUCUGUUGCAAGGGGAAAGGUAUCAGAAGGGAUUGAUUUCUCGCAUCAUCUCGGCCGUGCCGUCAUAAUGCUUGGCGUUCCAUAUGUAUAUACCGAAAGUCGGAUAUUGCGAGCGCGUCUAGAAUAUUUGCGAGAACAGUUGGGAAUAAGGGAAAAUGAUUUUCUAACAUUUGAUGCAAUGCGUCAGGCAGCACAAUGUAUGGGCCGUGCACUAAGAGGUAAAAGUGAUUAUGGUUUGAUGGUGUUCGCUGAUAAAAGGUUUUCACGGAAAGAUAAGAUGGGCAAACUUCCUCGUUGGAUUCAGGAAUAUAUAACUCCAGGCAAUGUCAACCUCAGCAUUGAAGAAGCUGUUAUAAUAGCAAGAAAAUGGUUUCCAUUAAUGGCACAGUCAUUCACUAAAGAGCAUCAGCUGGGAAUUUCAUUGCUUACUGAAGAAAUGCUUCGCGAAAAAGAGUUGUUGGGGAAAAAAUUUGGCCAUGUUUUAGAGGAGGUUGAUUAA